AUGUAUCAGCAACGAUUGCGUGAGCUGGAAGGCCGCCAGACGGAGCUUAUCAACGAGAACGAGGAGUUGAAACAACUCUGUUUGUAUCUGGAUGAACAACGGCAACGCUCUUUUGUCUAUCGUACGGAAGACGAUCGAGAAAGCGAAGAUUUAGGGUGCGGAAGCAGUGAACGAAGUGAAGAUUGUGAUGAGACGAAAGAUCUUUGUGAAACACCAUCCAUUAAUCAGCAAAAGGAGAAUACAUUGCGAAUGAUCAGCCAACGAAUAGGGUCGUUCGCAAUGAACCAAGUGCCUUCUUCAGACAGUAUCGCUCAUACGGAACGACUUGUCGACUAUAUUCAAUCGCUAGAAGAGAGAAUAAAACAGCUUGAAGGUGCCAGCCGACAAAAUGGUAUUUGGCACUCAGCUUGCACCUUGGGGUCCGACUCAGAUGAAAGAACGGUUAUUGAUCGAUGUGAGGAGUUGUCCAACGAUGUCCUUUUGAAGAAAUGCCGGCUAAACGAUCCGAAAGCUAUGCAGAUCUCUCAUUGUAGCACAUUGACCACAUCAGGGACGACAUAUGCCAGCUCAGAGACGGACUUGGAAAGCGCUGUCUACGUCAUGGGAGACGAAUCUGAUUGUGUAGACGAUACGCUCGAAGUGCGUUCAUUGACACGAAUCGAGGAAGAUAGCGAAGGAAAGGAAAACCCCAGUGACGAAGUGGAAGAGCAGAGUGCUCAACUGCCACCUGCGAUUGCUCCGCUUAGUGAAAGCCUGCUGAAUGUCAGUCGUCUAUCGUUGGACGACGCAAAAUCGGCGAAAAGUCUUGAUUUGACGGUCAAAUCAACUUCUCCUGCAUUACCCCUGAAAACUUCUUUCCGUGAGUUCAACUCCAACUCUCAAGUACGCCGUCCUCGUCCUCUCACCGGCAGAAUUUCGUUACUUGGAGCGGCAAAGAAGGCUUCUGAAAGAAGCGUAGCGGAGUGUGGUGCUGUCUAA